AUGGCAGGCUCGUCCAUGGUGGUUUCGUACCUGGCGGCCGUCAACCAGUCGCUGUUCAUCCUGUGGGGAGCUACCUACUCGCUGGACUGGUUCUGGAUAUCCCUGCUGCUGUUCUCCGUGUUGCCCCUCGUGUUCGGGAGCUACAUCUGCCGCGCGCUUCGCCUGGCCGUGAUUUUCCACCCGAGGGCGAAGCAGGCCCUGCCGUGGCUCAUUCCGGAGCGGAACCACUUGUUCUUUCUGUCGGCGAUGGCUGUCGCGUUAUUGAUCAUCCCGAUCUACCAGGACAUGACCUUGGAAGUGUGGGAGGUCAUCGCGAAGCAGGUGGACCUCCUGGCCUCCGCCACUCUCGUCCUCGCUGGGACGUUGGCGUGUAUCUUCCCCUUCAUCCGGAAGGUGGACGACCUCUUCAACAUCAGCAGGGAGCUCAUCAUCGUCACGAUCUUGUUUCUCAUUCUCGCCAUCGGAAUCAAGUGCGGGCUGUAUUUCGAGGUGGACAUGUGGACCGGGGGCAACCUCAAUUUCUUCAUAACGGCCGCGGUGUUCGGGGUCAGCGUGGUGGGUCCGCUGCGUCGCCUCGCGGUUGACCCUCUGGCCGGGUCCAAGCAGCGCUGCACGGGCAGAGCGGUGCUCGCUCGCCGGGAAACCCGGAGCGAGGACGUUUCCUACUCGGCGAAGGCCACCGCCGACAUCCGGGGCAGCAGCAGGGCGGUCAGGGUAGCGAGCAGGAAGCUGGAGGAAGGGUUCUACGGCGGCGGAGUCGACGAAGACGACGACGACAGCUGUGAUACCACGCCUACCGCGCCCACGCCGGCGGCGGUAGCGGCAGCGGUAGCGGCGGUGGCGACCUCGUUGUACGACGAGCCACCACCAGCAAACCUCUCGCCCUCGCCCUCGCCGGGGGAUCCCGGGGCGGGAAACUGGCAGUACCAGGGAAUAAACUUUUGCACAAGUCGGGGCGGCGGGGCGGACGGCGGCCGCGGCGGCGGCGGUUGGGGUAGGGGUGGUGGGGAGGAGAUGGUGG